GCUGGCCCAGUGCUUUUCUGCCGCCGGGGAUCUCUGUCGACCUGCCUUCGGAACCAGUGCAUCGCCUUGCCAGGCAGUGAGAAGAAGCUAUCGUUGGUUGGAGGGUGACACUCAGUGGGACCAGGCGGGAAACAAGAGGGCGUCAGAUUGCCGGUCGGUCCAACCAGCAGCACCCGGACUUGAUUGUUGUGUCACUGCACCGAUCGGUUUGACCGUGCUCUGGGCGGAAGUGUUUUGACGCAGGACACUUUAGUCGAUUACGAUCAUAAUCCGUCGAGAGCAUCGGGUUCGACUGCAGGUCUAGGAGGAGGAAAGCGUCCACCUCAAUUGCUAUCAGGACGGCUGUGGUGGCUGCUGGAUGUAGGAUCAGGACUCCGUCGUCGAAAUUCUUGGCAUUUGUUCACGUAGUAGCCGGCAUUACGGCGGAUUACGUAUCUUGGCUGAUGCCAGAGUUCGACUCGGCUGAAAGUUGGGUGGUCGCAGUCGCCUCAGACUCUGCCAGCUGUAAGGGCCAUCAGAAACGUGAAGUGGGGACCACCAAGGGGCCCAACAAUAUCUGGGAUCCUUUCACAUCAGAUACGUGAAAAGUGGGACUAAAGGAGAAACUGGGACUAAGGAGAUCCUUGGAUCCGUGAACCCUCUUUCCUCCUGGUAGCAGGCUUCGUCCCUUCCAUAGGCUUUCUCCCUGAUAAUUGGGGCUUCCACGACCUUGACCGUUGUCUUUUGCUGUCGAAGUUGGCGGUCCGGGACUUGCGCGGCACAGCUUGUGUGCCUUUUCUUGUUGCCAGCCUGCCAUUUUGUAGCGGUCACAACUUUUCAGAGGCUUUCGAAGAUGAGUUCAGCGAUGGUUGAGACUCCGUCGGCCAAUGCGGCGGCGGCUGCGCCUCUUCCUGAAGACGAUUUGACUAAGGAGGAGGAGGCUGUCGUGCAACCCAUCCUCCAAGCUCAGCCGCAGGCUCCCGGUUUCUUUCAGCGAAUCGAAGAGGAGGCCACAGCUAUGGGGCUGAAGAUCCAGGAGACGUGGCAGAAGGGUGUGGUCGAGAAGUUGAAGAAACCGAAGAAGCCGCAGAAGGAUGAGGGGGAGGAGAAGGACAAGGACAAGGAGAAGGAGGAGAACAGUGAAACACAGGAGGUGAAAGCUCCUGGCUUUUUCCAGAGAAUGGAGGAAGAGGUUCUUGCAGUGAGGCAGAAGGUUCAAGAAAAGAUAGCUGAACUUCGCAAUCGUCGCAACAGUGACGAGAAAGCGAAGGCCGUGCAGGUGGAGGCGGCAGACGACCAGGCAGAAGCUGCAGAGGCGAAGACGAAGGACGCUGCAAAGGCGACGAGCGAGUCGGUGGACAGCGUGUCAGCAGAAGGGGAGAGGCCCACACAGGCUGUGAGUGAAUCUCCAAAGGCUGAAGAAGCAAAGGGAGAGGAGCAGCAGCAGCAUAAAGAGUAGGAUGUCAUGGGGAAUGUCGGCAGUGUUGCAGCAGAAGGGGACAGGCCUGUGGAAGCUUGGUUGAGUGAAAAUCUCUAGGGACUGAAGAAGAAUUAAAAGGGGGAGAGGAGGGGCAGCAGAAAAAUUGUAGGGUGUCAUGGGGAAUGUGGGCAGUGUUGCAGCAGACAGGCCUGUGGAAGCUUGUGUGAGUGAAAAUCUCUAGGGACUGAAGAAGAGUUAAAAGGGGGAGAGGAGGGGCAGCAGAAAAAGAGUAAGGAUGUCAUGGGGAAUGUCGCGGCAACAAUGCUCAAGCUUGGUGUUAGUUAUACUAGGAAGUGUUAAUAAGGCUGGCCUCUUGCAGUGUGCUUUUUUUUUUAGGUGAACUUCAAUAAGCAGCUGCAUACCAAAGGCCAGAUAUUCUGUGAUGUGGGCAGCUGUGUCUGUCGGCUGUGUGGGCAUUGGAACAAGUUAUGUAGAUUGUGUUUGUAUCUCUGAGUGGGAUUUACAGACUGAGUGUGCUUCCUGCGACCAGUACACCCAGGCCUGGAGGCGCUACACUGCACGCCAAGCCAAGCUUUUCUGAACCGCCCGAGCACCACACUUCUUUUUCUUUUUUUUCCUUUUUUGGUUGGCGCCGUCAGUGAUCGUGGUCAACCGAUCCGCCCGUGGUUGUGGUCGGGGGGGGGUAGCUCCAAGCCUCGAAAAAUUCGGAGCCCGCAACUUGCUAUUUUUUCCACUACGAGGCGGGGGGCGUGUAUUUGCAGUUUAAACCGCCCACCAGUACACCCGGGCGUGGUGGCCUUCCACUGCGUGCCAAGCUUUUUUUGGGAACCGGCAGGGGUGAACUUUUUUUUCUUUUUUGGCCUGGCGCCGCCAGCCGUUGUGGUCCGGUAGCCCUGAGCCCUAGAGUUUUUCGCAGUCGGUGGAAGAUUUCUCCCUAAGGCUGAGGCCGUGUACUGGCGGUUUUGAGGUGGGCAAAUAAGAAGCUAUGCAUACCAAGUGCCUGGAUGUGCUGUGAUCUGCACAGCUGUGUCCUGUCUGUGCGGGUAUUGGAAGAAGUUUUGUAGAUGGUGUUCGUCUCUGUGAAGGAAUGCGAGCACGAAGGCUUUUUUCAACUGAGCUCUGGACAUGAUUGCGGUCAGAUUCAUCCAGGUUGGGCUGUAACUGCGGUCAGAAAACGAUUAGGAAAGUGCCAGUGUGAGUAUAUGCCCUUGAGCCGCUUCGAGGAUCCGAAGCAGUUGUGGCUCUGAGGCAUGGGCUUUGUGUGAAAAUUGUCCCCCUUUGGAAUGAAGACUGAGAAAGGUCACACUCACUGUUUGCCUGCAAGAGGAGGGAAGGGAAGGGAGACCCUCCUUGAACUGUCGCGCGCACCCAAACAGAGCUGGUGGAUGUAUGAUUCUCAGAGUUAUUGCCCUGUUCAGAAGAAACCAUUCACCGGUGCCAGGCGACGGGUGGUGACGGGUUGGGUUGUCCACGGACCGGGCUUACCACAUGCAGAAAAG